CCCGAAUUCUUACUACUACUGUCACCUCGUACUGUAGCUGUAAUCGACCCGGGCCCUCAGCUUUCUGCAACGAGUCCGGCGAACAGAAAGCACGCAGAUACUGGACAUAUAACGCUUGCCCUCGAAGACAACGGCAGGCUGCAGGCUUGUUAUUAACUACAUCGUUCGAGGACAUCGAAAGUCUCGACAUGCCAGCCCCAGAGCUGCCAAUCGAAAUUCAAGAACAAGUGCUGGACCACCUACACGACGACCCUUCCGCACUGAAGACGUGUAGCCAGACUUGCUCCGCUUGGCUCCCGACAGCGCGUCUGCACUUCUUCAGAACAGUCAAGUUAAAGAAAGUACGACACUGUCUGCGCUUUCUCGCCGUGCUCGAGUCGACCUCAGAAGCAUCCGGCGGUGUGGGCGUAGGUGCCCUCGUACGGGAACUGCAUUUGCCGACGAUGGGUCUUCGGCAGAGGGGCAGACGGAAGGGGCAGCGCUACGACUUGCUAUGCCAGAUUCUGCGCCACAUCCCCAACACCGAUACUCUGGUUGUGCGUCAAUUUGAGUGGCAGAACUUCCUGGAUCUGGCCAGUCCGAAAGGCGCCGAUACCGACGUUGAUCUUCGCGGCGUCUUUACGUCCGUCUGUGCUUUCCCUCGGCUCAAGACGUUGGUCCUGCAGCGAACAUCGGUCCGUACUGUCAGGGAGGUAUUGCAACUCAUCUCUGCAUUUCCUUCCUUGACUACUCUGCGGAUCUCUGAAAUCAACGACCUGAUCCUCGACGACGUCCACCGGGAUACCACCCAGAGCACCGAUAUCCGCGUAUGCAUCCAGGAAUUGCGCUUCGAACGCUGGUUAGGCAAUCCCGUUCCAUUGCAAGACGCAAUGAAUGCAUUCUUAGAAGCCCCCUACGAGCUAGAGCUACGAAGGCUGCUGUGGAUACCUAGGCUCCGGCAGGCAGACUUCGGUGGGCAUGCGUUGAACGAGAUAUUUCACAGAUCUGCACGGACUCUGGAGAUGCUGGAACUCGAGGUUGACGAGGCUGCCCAACGCAUAGAUUGGCUGAUGAGCCAGGGCUUGUCUCACCACCGGUCCCUCAAGAUCCUUAUCCUGUCAUUCGACCUCAUGUACAGUCCCCGCACGAACCGCGGGUCGAUCAUCCCUUUGUUCAUCUCGAGCCUUGAUUCGAGCAGCCUGCGAGAAUUGAACCUACACUUCGAUGCGUUUGACGAAAGUGACUCUCAGUAUGCCGUUGACUGGGUGGAGUUGCCGAAGGCCUUGGUUUCGUUGCAUCGGAGGUGCCCCGCCGUGACGCUGACAUUGAGUUGGUGCAUCCCCACUCAUCGGCAAACCAAGUUACCAGACUUGGCUCCCAUCUACCGGAAAAAGUUACAGGACGCCCUGCAUGCAGGGAUGCGCAUCGCUGUCGUUUGCAAAGCGCUCGAUUAUGAAUCUUACUCUCGCUCCGGCGGAGGCUGGUUUGAAGCCGUUGUGGACAAUCGAUGGUGGCCAGCUCGCCCAGCACUCACCUGGUUGUGAGCCUGGUGCCCGAUGACACUCGUGCUCUGCCGCUCGCCACUUUCCCGUUUAUGCUUCCCGUCCUCGGUAUCUCUCCUUACCCGAAUCAU